CUUUCGUGUGUUCAUAUUUGCGCAGAUACUGCGCAUGCCACAUGGAUGUUCUAUCAAUAAUCAGUUAGGGUUCAGCAUUUGUGUCAUGCAGAUGUAUGGUUUCUUCAUUAUUCUGCGGAUUUAAAUUUUGGAUAGUGCAGCCUAAUGUUAGCUUUUUUGUGUGUUGGAUAGGAUAUCAUUGUGAUGAGCUGGUCUUGAGUUCAAUCUAACGUUACCUAGCUAGUCUUUCUCGCAGAAUUCAAAGGAAGGGAAAAGUGUCGACGGAGGCACUCAAGUCCACACGAUGAAUAACAAACCUGGGAAAAAGCAAAGCAACACAACCAAUAGGACUAAACAGUCCAACACUAAUGGGGUUACUUUCAACUCCAUCCGAAUAAAAAAAGAACCAGGAGACUUUGAACGGAAGGAAAUUGGUGACCAUUCCAAACGUCCUUUGCUGGAGAAGCAAAAGCACGUCAAGCAACAUCAAACUACGUCCAACCAAGCGACCCGGUAUAGCAAGAUAUCGAGGAGCCCUGUGGUGAUACUAACAAAAUUGUCAAACGUGGUGCUUAAGACUCUUCUGAGAGAAACUAAAGUGCGUUUGGUGAAGGAGGAGACAGGAGCCAGGAGGGAUGAAGACAACGAUGAAGUCUCUUCUCCGCAGUUCUUUCCUUGUCCACACUGCACCAUCUCCUUCACUGACUGUUACUUCCUGGAGAACCACAUCAAGACCAAACACCAGAAGCAGUACCUGGCCAUGUUGAAAAGCCACGUCUCAAAGAGUAAAACCGUGUACGCCCCCACACACAGCUGUCCCCAGUGCAGCUGCAUGUUCCAUACCCCACGACAGCUACACAUCCACACCCGCCAGGCCCACCCCUCCGCCCUUCCCCAGAAACCUGCCCGUCCCCCCAGGGUUCCGGGGAAACUCCACCCCUGCCCGCAGUGUGCCCGUAGAUUCCCGUACCUGGGCACCCUGCUGAAGCACUGCAAGAAUUUGCACAAAAUGGCUGUUUUUCGCACCGAUGGUCACAUCAGUUGUGCUGACUGUGGGAAGAGCUUUGAGAAUUGCUGGGGACUAGGGCCACACCGGUGUCAAGAACCAGAGGGCACUAAACCUAAGGACACUAAGACUGUGGUCUGUCUGGAAGUCGGCUUCCAUUGCUCAGAGUGUGGUAAGAUCCUCAGUACUCCUACGAGCCUGGACACUCACAUGCGCAUCCACACUGGAGAGAAGCCGUACGAAUGUAAGGAGUGCGGCAAGCGCUUCUCAGAGAACAGCGGUUACCGCUAUCACUCGUUAAUACACUCUGGCCUCAAGCCGUUCAAAUGCCAGGACUGCGGGAAGACUUUCAAACGGAAGUCGCUCCUCUGGACUCACCUGUCGGUUCACACUGGUGAGCGGAAGUUCUCCUGCACCCAAUGCGAUAAGCGGUAUGCAAGCAGGGCCCAUCUGAAGCUUCACCUGCGAACACACUCGGGGGAGAGACCUUUCAAAUGCACUGUUUGUGGUAAAGACUUUGCUGACAAAGCUUAUCUGAAAACACACCUGAAGAUCCACAGCAACGAGAAGAACUACCACUGUGGGGUUUGUGGGCGGGCAUUCCUGAGGCUGGGGUUGUUGAAGUUACACAUGCGCUCACAUACCGGGGAGAGGCCCUACCACUGCACAGUGUGCGACAAGAAGUUUUUUCGACUCUCACACCUGAAGAACCAUCAUCUGACUCACACGGGUGAGAAACCAUACACCUGUACCGAGUGCAGUAAAAGCUUCACUCAGUCUGGGGAUCUGUCCAAGCACAAGCUCCUACACACUGGGGAGAAGCCAUUUGAAUGCCCUGAAUGCCCCAGCCGGUUUAACCGUUCUGGUUCUCUGACCAGUCACAUGAGGACCCACACUCACCGUGAUAUAAAGCCAUACUCCUGCCAAGAAUGUGGGAAGAGCUUUUAUGAACAGAGUCACGUCAAAGUCCACAUGAAGACCCACACAGGGGAUAGACCGUAUCCCUGCCCCCACUGCCUUUUCAGCUUCACUCGGAAAGCACAUCUCUCCAAACACCUGCCUAGAUGUCGUAAAUGAUCAUGGUUGGCAUUUUUUAUGACACCUUUUUAUUACGAAAUUCAUUGUAUUCAUAGGAAUCACUUUUAGAUGAAUCCACCACAGUGAAACAAUAACGUUAUAUAGUCAUGGAAUACAUUGAUACAUUAUUAUACUGAGCAAAAAUAUAAACGCAACAUGUACAGUGUUGGUCCCAUGUUUCAUGGGCUGAAAUAUAAGAUCCCAGACAAUUUCCAUACGCACAAAAAGCUUAUUGCUCACAAAUGUUGUGCCAAAUUUGUUUACAUCCCUGUUAUUGAGCAUUUUUCCUUUGCCAGGAUAAUCCAUCCACCUGACAGGUGUGGCAUAUCAAAAAGCUAAUUAAACAGCUUGACCAUUACACAUGUGCACCUUGUGCUGGGAACAAAAGGCCCUCAAUGUGCAGUUUUGUCAUGAAACACAAUGCUAGAGAUGUUUCUAGUUUUAAGGAAGUGUGCAAUUGACUUGCUGACUGCAGGAAUGUCCACCAGAGCUGUUGCCAGAAAAAUGCUAUGUUAGUUUCUCUACCAUAAGCCGCCUCAAGUCGUUUUAGAGAAUUUGACAGUACAUCCUACCAGCCUCACAACCGCAAACCAUGUGUAUGGCCUUGUGUGGGCAAGCGGUUUGCUGAUGUCAAUCUUGUGAACAAAAGGCCCAGUGGUGGUGGGGUUACGGUAUGGGUAGGCAUAAGCUAUGGACAACCAACACAAUUGCUUUUUAUCGAUGGCAAUUUGAAGGCACAGAGAUAUUGUGAUGAGAUCCUGAGGCCCAUUCUCGUGCCCUUCAUUCGCCGCCAUCACCUUGUGUUUCAGAAUGAUAAUGUACAGCCCCAUGUCGCAAGGACGUGUACACAAUUCCUGGAAGCUGAAAAUGUCCCAGUUCUUCCAUGGCCUGCAUACUCACCAGACAUGUCACCCAUUGAGAAUGUUUGGGAUGCUCUGGAUCUACAUGUACGUGUUCCAGUUCCCGCCAAUAUCCAGCAACUUCUCACAGCCACUGAAGAGAAGUGGGAUAACAUUCCACAGGCCACAAUCAACAACCUGAUCAACUCUAUGCGAAGUACAUGUCGCGCUGCAUGAGGUAAAUGGUGGUCACACCAGAUACGGACUGGUUUUAUGAUCCACACCCAUACUUUUUUGUUUAAGGUAUCUGUGACAAACAGAUGCAUAUCUGUAUUCCCAGUCAUGUGAAGGCCAUAGAUUAGGGCCAAAUUAAUUAAUUUUAAUUGACUGAUUUCUUUAUAUGAACUGUAACUCAGUAAAUCUUUGAAAUUGUUGCAUGUUGCGUUUAUAUUUUUGUUCAGUAUAGUAGAUCAUAGUUACAUUGUUUUGUUAAUGAACACCCUUUUUAGUACUUUUUUCAUUUCAUUUAAAAUAAUAUUACUGUAUGCUGACUCCUUGUAACAACUGAUGGUGACAAAGCCUAAGAAAGAGAAACUAAAGUUAUCAGUCAGCGAAUUGAUCAGUCUGCCAUCUGAAUGGUCUGAAUUGUAUGGCUCAAAUCUUGAUUGUGUACACUAAUACAAAAUGAUUCAGUCAGUUAUCCUCAGAAAAUGGCUACAACCCCCCCCCCCCCAAUGUGACCCAAUAGUUAGGCAUUGUUAAAGAAAUACACUAAUUUGAACUAUUUCCAUCUGAACUAGGGGACGCAUAGCAAAUACACAGUGCAUUCGGAAACUAUUCAGACCCCUUGACUUUUUCCACAUUUUGUUACGUUACAGCCUUAUUCUAAAAUUGAUUAAAUCAUUUCCCCCUCAAUCCACAAACAAUACCCCAUAAUGACAAAGCAAAAACAUUUAAUAAUUUUUUUGCAAAAAAAAUUAUCAUAUUUACAUACUGUAAGUAUUCAGACCCGUUACUCAGCACUUUGUUGAAGCAUCUUUGACAGCGAUCACAGCCUCAAGUCUUCUUGGGUAUGACGCUACAAGAUUGGCACACCUGUAUUUGGGGAGUUUCGCCCGUUCUUCUCUGCAGAUUUUCUAAAGCUCUGUCAGGUUGGAUGGGGAGUUUUGCUGCACAGCUAUUUUCAGGUCUCUCCAGAGAUGUUCAACCCGGUUCACGUCCCAGUUUUGGCUGGGCCACUCAAUGACAUUCAGAGACUUGUCCCGAAGCCACUCCUGCGUUGUCUUGGCUGUGUGCUUAGGGUCGUUGUUCUGUUGGAAGGUGAACCUUCGCCCCAGUUCUGAGGUCCUGAGCACUUUGGAGCAGGUUUUCAUCAAGGAUCUCUUUGUACAUUGCUCUGUUCAUCUUUCCCUCGAUCCUGACUUGUCUCCCAGUAUCUGCCGCUGAAAAACAUCCCCACAGCAUGAUGCUGUCACCAUGCUUCACCGUAGGGAUGGUGCCAGGUUUCCUCCAGAUGUGACGCUUGGCAUUCAGGCCUGAGAGUUCAAACUUGGUUUCAUCAGACCAAAUAAUCUUGUUUCUCAUGGUCAGAGUCCUUAAGGUGCCUUUUGGCAAACUCCAAGCGGGCUGUCAUGUGCCUUUUACUGAUGAGUGGCAUCCGUCUGGCCACUUUACCAUAAAGCCCUGAUUGGUGGAGUGCUGCAGAGAUGGUUGUUCUUCCAUCUCCACAGAGGAACUCUGGAUCUCUGUCAGAGUGACAAUUGGGUUCUUGGCCACCUCCCUGACCAAGGCCCUUCUCCCCCGAUUGCUCAGUUUGGCCGGGCGGCCAGCUCUAGAAAGAGUCUUGGUGGUUCCAAACUUCUUCCAUUUAAGAAUAAUGGAGGCCACUGUGUUCUUGGGGACCUUCAAUGCUACAGACAUUUUUUUGGUACACUUCCCCAGAUCUGUUCCUCGACACAACCCUGUCUCGGAGCUCUACGGACAAUUCCUUCGACCUCAUGGCUUGGUUUUUGCUCUGACAUGCACUGUCAACUGUCAACCUUAUAUAGACAUGCGUGUGCCUUUUACAAAUCAUGUCCAGUCAAUUGAAUUUACCACAGGUGGACUCCAAUCAAGUUGUAGAAACAUCUCAAGGAUGAUCAAUGGAAACAGGAUGCACCUGAGCUCAAUUUCAAGUCUCAUAGCAAAGGGUCUGAAUGCUUAUGUAAAUAAGGUAUUUCUGUUUUUAAUUUGUAAUACAUUUGCAAAAAUGUGUAAAAACCUGUUUUGCUUUGUCGUUAUGGGGUAUUGUGUGUAGAUUGAUGAGGGGGAAAUGUAAUUACAGCCUUAUUGUAAAAAAAUGGAAGGGGUCUGAAUACUUCCGAAUGCAUUGUAUAGCUUGUAUGACGUCCAGCCCUGAUGUCCCCUUUCCUUUUGCCCUGUGAUCCAGAUGUGUGAAUAAAGGUCAGGCCCUCAGCACGACUCCUCUUUUAACCUUUUCUCAAUAGGGGGUGCUGUUUGCACUUUGUAAUAAUUUCGUUCCCAAAUUAAACUGCCUCGUACUCAAUUCUUGCUUGUACAAUAUGCAUAUUAUUAUUACUAUUGGAUAGAAAACACUCUCUAGUUUCUAAAACCGUUUGAAUUAUAUCUGUGAGUAAAACAGAACUCGAGUUGGAGCAAUUUUCCUAUGAGGAAGUGAGAAAUCUGAAAUCUGCAUGCUGUUCUGAGGUCGGUUUAUUAAUUUGCAUGUAUUCUAUUGGUUGAGAUGCACUGCAUAUGCCUUCCCCUGGAUGUCAGCAAAUAGUGAGAAUUGAAAUGGAGUUGCUAGGCAGAUCUGAGGCCUUAUAAAUGGGCUGGCAACGUGGUGUACUCUCUUUUUUCCCCUCGCCAUGACGCAAGACAGACCUCAGGAUGUCGUUCUAGAAAGCUCCCGUUAUAGCCCUUAGAUAUAUCCGGCUCUGAUUUUAUUCGAUAUAGGUGUUAAAGACAUCAUAAUGUUGUUAUUUUAAACCGAGUUAUAUCAGUAUAUUGCGAUUUUCGGGUAUUUAUUUGUGCUGCGUUCUAGGGAGUUGGACACGUCUGGCCCACAUGGCUAAUGUUUACUGCUAAUUCCAACGUUGAAGGCGACAAUCUACAACCGAGCAACGAUUCUUUUGGAAAAAAGGACAACUUGCCCAAGAUUCUGAUGGGAGCUCAUCAAAAAGUAAGAACUAUUUAUGAUGUUAAUUCGUUGUUCUGUUGAAAAAUGUAAAACUCAUAUUCCGCCAUUAAUUUCGGUGCGGUCUCGCUUUAACGCACGCUGUAUGUCGUAGUAACAUUCAUUUUAAAACUCUAACACAGCGAUUGCAUUAAGAACUAAUGUAUCUUUCAUUUGCUGUCCAACCUGUAUUUUUUUUGUCAAGUUUAGGAUUAGUUACUGAUUAGAUUAGGUGCCUCUCCCAAGAUUUUUCCCGACAUAUUGUUGGCAGCUUGGCUACUUUUCUCAUUGUAUAACCACGAUUUGUGCCGCUAAAUAUGCACAUUUUCGAACAAACUCUAUAUGUAUUGUGUAAUAUGAUGUUAUAGGACUGUCAUCUGAAGAAGUUUGAGAAGGUUAGUGAAAAAAUGAAUAUCUUUUGCUGGUUUAUUCGUUAUCGCUAUUGUUGGCCUGAAUCAAUGCUGUUGUGUGGUUGGCUAUUGUAGUAAGCUAAUAUAAUGCUAUAUUGUGUUUUCGCUGUAAAACACUUAAAAAAUCUGAAAUAUUGGCUGGAUUCACAAGAUCUUUGUCUUUCAUUUGCUGUACGCUGUGUAUUUUUCAGAAAUGUUUUAUGAUGAGUAUUUAGGUAAUUCACGUUGGUCUCUGUAGUUAUUCUAGUUGCUUUGGUGAGAGUUGUGAUGGUGGCUGCAAUGGUAAACUAUGAUUUAUACCUGAAAUAUGCACAUUUUUCUAACAAAACAUAUGCUAUACAAUAAAUAUGUUAUCAGACUCAUCUGAUGAAGUUGUUUCUUGGUUAGUGGCUAUUUAUAUCUUUAUUUGGUCGAAAUUGUGAUAGCUACCUAUGCAGGAAAAAAAUGGUGGGGAAAAAAAGUUGUGUCUUUUGCUAUCGUGGUUAGCUAAUAGAUUUACAUAUUGUGUCUUCCCUGUAAAACAUUUUAAAAAUCAGAAAUGAUGGCUGGAUUCACAAGAUGUGUAUCUUUCAUCUGGUGUCUUGGACUUGUGAUUUAAUGAUAUUUAGAUGCUAGUAUUUACUUGUGACGCUAUGCUAGGCUAUGCUAGUCAGCUUUUUUACUGGUGUGGGUGCUCCCGGAUCCGGGAUUGUGUGCAAGUAGAUUAAGACGUCAGAACACACCGCAGCACACCAUCUCACAUAGGCUUCAUUACUAUGACCUUUAGAACACAGAAUGAGAGAGGCCAGGAAUACUGGGAGAAAUGGGAUUCAUAAUUGGAAAUUGACUGAUUCAAAGAUGAUGUAAUUGUAACUUGUGCAUUGUACCUGCCUGUUUUGUGUUUGUUUUCAAUAAAAACAAAUAAAAGGAUGAA